AGUUUUAGCUUUGGAGUGGGUUUUCGUUGGUCCUCUGCUAAAGCGUGUGAUCGGAGAAGGCGCUGACGAUCGGACGAUGGAAGUAGACGAACCACUUCGCUCGGGGAAGUACACUUGGAGGAUCGACAGCUUCUCCACGAAGAAGAAUGAAAACAAAUUCAGCUCCGACGCCUUCACUGUUGGAGGCUGCGAGUGGCGAAUAGUUAUAUAUCCUAAGGGGAACCGCACGGGCACCCAGUCUCAUUUGUCAAUGUACUUAGAGGUUGCGGAUGCUGCAACAUUGCCAGAUGGAUGGUGCAGAGCUGCCAAGUUUGUGUUAACUGUAGUCGAUCAGGAAAGUGGAGUUGGCUCAAGAAAAAUCGCUUGUGAACAUAGGUUCAGGGCAGGAACGCACGAUUGGGGGUUCCCGCAGUUCAUGUCUCUGGCUGUGCUUCACGACCACACUAAAGGUUUUGUGGUUAAUGAUACUGUGGUUCUUGAGGUGAAGAUUACUCUCCAUGAGGUUGCUCCGCCGGUAGAGUUAACCACACAAAUGAGCAGGCUUGACUCUUAUUUCAGCUGUCUUUCUGUUUAUUUCGGUGCUACUGGAAAGUCUGAUUUAAGAGCAGGAUCGGCUUCAUGUACGCGGACCAUUGAUUUGGCUUCUGACUCUCCGAGCGCAGAUGAUAUAGAGAAGGCCAAGCACUCCUUGAAGGAAUGCCUGUCAGAUCUGUUCAGGUUGAACAUGACAGAUCGGCUUUCUUCAGCCUUGUCGAUCUUGAGCCAUGCCCGAGCUGGGUUGUCACCUGAUCAGCAGAGAUCGAUCGAGACAUUUAAGGCCAACUUUGAUGAAUUUGUCUGCGACUUGUUAACCUUUGAGCAAGACAAUUCUGAUUUUGAGCUGCAGAAAAUCACUUGUAAUCAUUUAUAUUCGGCGCUGAAGAAGAAUCACGAGACUCAACUUUCAUACAAGCAGUCAUUUGAUGGCCUCACCGAGGAAGAGGAAGAGCUCAAGAAGAGACUAAAGGAAGUCUGCUCCAAAAAGGUGAAGCUCCUGUCUGAUUGGGAAAAUCUGAUGAAUGAGUCAGAGGGAGUGAAAUCGAGAUACGCAAUUCACGAGAAGAAGCUAACAGAGGCUGAGGAGAAGAAGAAAAUAGCUGAGGAAAGGAUGUCUCGAUCAACCAGUGCUUGGUCCAGUUUAAAGGAACAAUUCCUUAAUCUUUCAGGUUGCCAAGUGAAGAUGGAUGAGAAGCUUCAAGCUGCAAGAAAACCGGCUCUUUCCUGUUGUACUGAGGGAUGGCAUCGAAAUGCUGUCUGUCAAAACCUUUUUAGAUUUAGAAUCCUGAUUGUGUGGGCUGCCGUUUUGUGUUUGCUAUUUUCUUUUUAUCUCCGAUGGAUUUUGCUAAUGUGAUGUGCCAGUAAGAUUAAGCUCAUCUCAGUAGCAUUGUUAUAUUCAUGGCAGUCACAUAUAUAGUCUGUGAAGAUUACCUAAGAGUCCUGAUGGAUCCUGCCGAAUCCUUGUCGCAUGAUAGGGUGGGUUGGAUGGCUAAAAGAGAAGAUGUGCAGCCCUCGUGUUUUGAGGUCACUGGGAGAAUUGAUUAAGGAUUGGUCGGUGGGCAUGGGAUAAUGACUGGUUGAUGCCCCAUUUAUUAUGUUUGAUCGAUGGAUGUCUCGUUGAAUGCUAUGAACUUUCAUCAGGACCAACAGGUGAUUAUGAACUGAGGUGGGAAAUUGAGUUAUUUCUGUAUUUUUUUUCUAUGUGCGGGUGCCUUUGCUUUUAUACCAUACUAGGAUACUGAUA